CCAAAAUUACCUUAUUGUCAUUUUCUAUUUGUUUGUCAUAUUUAUGAUAUGUACACAAAAUAAGGACAAUAUGUACGAAUAAACAUAAUGUUCCAUAAAAAUGUCAAAGGAAACUAGAAUGCAAGAAAGUGAUUAAUUAUAAUGUACAAUAGGAAAAUGUGAGGGCAACUUUGGAAUAUUAAAAGUUCAUGAGGGUAUAUAGGUAAAACCCAUCAUGGAUUUAUGACAUGUUCCAAAUUCCACAUCAAUAUGUGAGAUUUACAAGUCCGUGAGCUCCACGGAGUUGAACCCUUAAAAUCCAUGGGCCCCAAGGAUUUGGUACCUAAUUAAAGAGCAAGCAAACAAUAGAUUUUUAUUAAAUCCAUGAUGGAUUGGAUUUGGGUACCAAAUUUAUCAUUCAAAUCCACGAAACAAACGGCUCCUAAUAGCAGGCCCCCGUACCAUGGAUUUGGGUUUCAGUUGGUACCUGAACUUAUUAGAUUUUAAGAUUUAGUAGAUUCAAAUUUUUUACUUUGCAUAUAAGUCCUAAAAAUAUUGAUGGAAAAAUUCAUUUAAGCGAAAUGUCGCCCGGUAUUGUUCCAACCGGCGGUAGCCUGUUUUGCAAAGAAACGUCGCUGCCGUUUAUGAAAAAAGGAAAAAUAAAACAAAAUCACAUCCGAACUCAAAUCCCUAAUCACGGAUCGAAGAACUUCUUUUCUCAGCUUCACAAUGUCGCUCCUCUUCUCUUCUCCAACUCACCCGUGCCUCUGCGAGUGACGACCAGCAACGGCGGCGAGAUGGACGAGCUUGGCUGCUCGAGAAUGCCGCCGAGUCUCCUUCCCUGCCUCGACAUCCUUCGCUUGCUCCAGCCCAGCCCUGCCUCCGACGACUGGCUAGAAGGACGAGAUAAAAAACACUGUCGUGUUCUCCUAGUUCCCUCUCUUUCUCCCUAGUCCCGGCUGAGGUCGCCGCUCUUCUCUCAACCGCCGCUGUUUAAGAAAAUGAAGAGAAAGAAAGAAAUAGGAUUGGU